GAACUAAGCUUACUAUUUUAGUUAAAGAAAUGGCUCUAGCAAAUAUGGUGAUGAGUGGUGAUUCAAGCAACGUGAGGCAUAUCCGCCCUCCCAUUGUCUUAUUCAAGCCAAGCAUGUGGGGUGACAUUUUCUCUUCAUGUUCUUUCGAUAAUCAGGUGCAGGAAAAAUACUCUGAGGAAAUGGAAGCACUAAAGAAGGAAACAAGAAAAAUGUUAAUGGUCGUGGAGUCUACAAAAUUGAUGAUAUUGAUCGACAAACUUGAGCGCUUGGGUGUCGCAUAUCAUUUUGAGAACGAGAUCGAACAAAAGCUCAAACAAAUUUAUGAUUCCAAAGCCGACGAAGAUUCUGAUUUGUUCACUACUGCGCUUCGGUUUCGUUUGCUAAGACAACAUCAGUUUCCUGUUUCUUGCGAUGUUUUCAACAAAUUCGUCGAGAAAGACUACAAAUGGAAACCAGAAAUCCAUGGCAGCGACAUCGAAGGCAUCCUAAGUUUGUACGAGGCAGCUCAUGUCCGAAUUCGCAACGAAAAAAUAUUAGACGAAGCUGCAAAAUUCACAGUGGAUCAAUUGAAUCACAUCCUUCCAUCAUCAGAGUCUCCUAUUGUGAAAGAGAAAGUGCAACAAGCUUUGAAGCACUCCAUUCAUAGAGGCCUUCCAAUUUUAAAUAUCCGAUUCUACAUUUCCAUCUACCAAAGAGAAGGAACAACCGAUGAACUACUUCUCAAAUUAGCCAAACUCAAUUUCAAUUUCUUGCAGAAUAUCUACAGGAAAGAGUUGGUUGAACUCACAAGGUGGUGGGAUAAAUUUGACUUAAAGAACAAAUUACCAUACGCAAGAGACAGAGUUGUGGAGUGUUAUCUAUGGGGCAAUGCGUUUCGUUACGAACCUCAAUACUCUUACCUUCGAAUAACCGUUGCCAAGAACAUGCAACUUGUGUCGAUUAUGGAUGACACCUAUGAUAAUUAUGCUACACUUGAAGAGGAUGAUCUAUUCACCGAGAUUCUCGAGAGGUGGAAUUUGGAUGAGAUUGAUGUGCUCCCUGAUUUCAUGAAAGUUGUUUAUAGAUUCAUCAUGAGUACAUAUGAAGAUUUUGUGGUUGAUGCGGAAAAGCAAGGAAAAUCCUUCGUUGUCCCUUACUACAGAGAAGCAGUGAAACAGCUUGGUAGGGCUUAUAACCAAGAGCAGAAGUGGAUUAUGGAAAGGAAAAUGCCAGGUUUUGAUGAGUAUAUGACAAAUUCAGUGAUCACAAGCUGUAUGUAUGUGAUGUUCACAGCUCUUGUCCCUGGCAUGAAAUCUGUUGAUGAGGCAUCAGUUCAAUGGCUCCUCGGUGAGCCCAAAAUCGUCAUUUCCACUGCCAAGAUGGGUCGAACCCUCGAAGACUUGGGCAGCCAUGAACGCGAGAAUAGGGAUGGGAAAAUGCCGACUGUGGUGGAUUGCUACAUGAAUGACAAAGGCGUGUCAAAGCAAGAAGCGAUUAGUGAGUUUGUGGAGCUUGUUGAGAAUGGAUGGAAGGAUGUGACCGCGGAGUGGGCUAAGGGGGGCAGCUCAGUGCCUAAGGAAAUGGUGGAACAACUCCUAAACUACGGCCGCGUAGCUGAGGUCACUUACAAGAGUAAAGAAGAUGGCUAUACUAACCCUGAAAAGUAUUUGGGGCCAUUGAUUGCAUCUCUCUAUGUGGAUCCUCUUCCUCUCAACGUUUGAUUAUUUAUAUAUGCAUGCUUAUUAUAAUAAACAUCAAUGUGGGGCAACUUGGUUUAUUUAGCCAUUUUGCUUUGCUAGAUUGGUGAUCAUAGAGUGUUAAGGUUGAUGUUUACAUGUUCAAGCUAGUAUGCUCAUAUAUAUGUGUGUAUGUGGAGUGAUGGAAAUGAGCUUUUGUAAUAAGAUGUUGUGAUGUAAUAUAGUUUUUGGAUUUCAUGGUUA